CUGGCUUUGUUCUCUUCUCGCACGGCGUCAAACUGACAGCUUAGCAGCAAUAAUUAAACGCAGUGUCACGAAUUACAAAUUUUGAAUUUAUUUGAGGUCAGUUCUGUGCAUUUUAAACUAAAAACCAUCAAAGUGACAUCUUACAAGAGUCCUCGAACAUAGAAACAUCAAUCAAAAAAUUUAUUUCGAUCAACAUAAAGGCGGAACAGUGAGACCACGACAAGAUCACUUUAGUCUAUGGAGCUUUGUACAAUUUAUGCAAGAAAAUCAGCAUUUAAUGCUUUGAACUCUUAACAUUCCUCUCAAAACUGGCUGCAUUCACAAGUGGAUUUCCGCAAUGAUAUUAUGAAUCACGUCCUUACACCGCAGGAACAAAACGUUUGAAGCUAGCCAGACUGUUCGCUAGCUGAACGAGGUUUAUACCCGAAAGUGAAACAUAAUCACUUUACCUAAAAUGACAUCUCAUUCAGAGGAAGAGAAUCAAACUCCAGAACAGAUGUUGCUUGCUUUGAAGAAGAAUAUGAAAUCCCUCAAAGACGAAGAAAAUUCUUUGAAAGCACAGCUCGUUUUGCUCAACGAGCAAUUCCAAUCACUUGUAAAAUCAGCUGCAGAAAUAUAUCCAGAAGUAUUGGACGAAGAAUUCCCGAAAAAAGUUGCUGCUAGAAAACAACGUAACAUAUCUCCCUACAGACCACUGAGAAGCCCUGAUGGUGCCACAGGAAAACCAAGUGGUGCCACAAGGACACCAAGUUAUACCAGGAGUAGUUAUAGAUCACAAGAUUCGCCACACAGAAGACCUACUCUUGAUUUGAAACGGUUUCCACGACGCUACACGAGAAUGACCAGCGAGGAAGCCGCAGCGAAGAUUCAAGAACAGUUUGAGAACGACACUAAUGCAGCCGCGGGAAUCGACGCUAGAAGGAUUCGAAGUUCUCUGCCAAAUUCGCCCACUGAGGAGACAGUGCUGGAUCCUGCUACUGCAGAAAGCUCUGACGACGAACGCAGAAAGAGGUUGAAGAAAAAGAUGAUAGAGUCUAGAAAAGUAGAUGUUGUACAUCUGGGUUCGUUUUGAUGACGUAGAUUUCCGCUCAAAGCUCCACACCCCACCUCUCCCUAACUUUCUGGGAUUAUCUGUUUGGUUGUAGAAUACCUACUGGAAUUACCCAUUUUACCCUGGAAAUAAAACAACCCUCGCCCGAAGGUGCAUUCCAUUUAGUAGGUCCUCAUAGAGUGGAGAGUGAAAACAAGCGAUGGAAUGAAGACGCUAGAAGUGUUUGCAGUUGUCGUGGAUCGUAACUGCGUAGUGUGCUACACCGUGAUGACGAAACCUACCAAGGACAGCCGGAAUUUCAACCGUUUCGGCCUGUGAUCGUUUACUGUCUCCUUCUCUCAUAAUUAAUAAUAUUAAUAAGAGUUAUCAAAUACAUUCAUAUAUUCACUUGCAAGGACGAAUUAGUUGUCCACGGCUGACUGAUAAACAGGUCAGGUCUAAUUUACCAUAGUGCUGUAGUGAAAGAGUGCACAGUGCCUUUAGGCAAUCUCACUACGACGUAAAUUGAUGUAAAUCGACGUAAAUCGCAAGCGAGCUUCAUGCAAACUAAGCCUGCUCAGGGUUCAACUUCAUUCUUUCAGGGUUUGCAUGCAUCAUAAACUUCUCCAUCCACUUGGAAUUUUGUGAAAUCAGUACAACCUCUUUCGAAGAGACUCGUAUUCUCGCGUUGAUUAGCAAUAUGAGGUUAAUUGCUUGAGAUUAUCAGAUUUAGCCAAUACAUUAUCAGAUUAUCAGAUAUAGUUAAUACGUAUAGGUAAUACAUUAUCAGAUAUAGCUAAUACAUUAUCAGUAAAUGUUAAACUCCAAAAAUACAUAUACGUUUCUAAAUUUAGGCUUCAUAGUCAAUAUUUAGUUCCGAAAUCCAAUGUCGUGUCAUUAUAUUUUCAUACGAAGCACAGCAGAGAAAUACAAUUUAAUUACCCGAUAAAUUUAAUUACUCGGUAAAUUGUUGCGAAACAAAUUGUGAAAUAAACUGAAGAGUGUAAGAGAA